AUGAGUUCCGUCAAUAAAGAUACUAUUCACGUUGCUGAAAGAAGUCUUCAUAAAGAAAACUUAACUGAAGGUGGUAACUUUGCCUUCCACAAUCAUUUAAAUGAUUUCGCACACAUUGAUGAUCCUUUGGAAAGAAGAAGAUUGGCUUUGGAAUCCAUCGAUAACGAAGGUUUCGGUUGGCAACAGGUCAAGACCAUCUCCAUUGCCGGUGUUGGUUUCUUGACAGAUUCUUACGAUAUUUUCGCCAUCAAUUUGGGUAUUUCCAUGAUGUCAUACGUUUACUGGCACGGUAGUAUGCCAGCUUCAAGUCAAACCUUGUUGAAGGUUUCCACUUCUGUCGGUACUGUCAUUGGUCAGGUUGGUUUCGGUACAUUAGCUGAUAUUGUUGGUCGUAAGAAAAUAUACGGUUUGGAACUUAUCAUCAUGAUUGUCUGUACCAUUUUGCAAACCACUGUUGCUCACUCUCCUGCUAUCAACUUCGUUGCCGUUUUGACUUUCUACCGUAUUGUCAUGGGUAUCGGUAUCGGUGGUGACUACCCGCUAUCUUCCAUUAUUACUUCUGAAUUCGCCACUACCAAAUGGAGAGGUGCCAUUAUGGGUGCUGUUUUCGCUAACCAAGCCUGGGGUCAAAUCUCUGGUGGUAUUAUCGCGCUUAUUUUGGUUGCUGCCUACAAGAGUGAACUAAGCUACGCUGACAGCGGUGCUGAAUGUGAUGCCAGAUGUCAAAAGGCCUGUGACCAAAUGUGGAGAAUCCUUAUUGGGUUGGGUACCGUUCCUGGGUUGCUAUGUUUGUACUUCAGAUUGACCAUUCCAGAAUCCCCCAGAUAUCAAUUGGAUGUUAACGCUAAACUGGAACUCGCCGAACAAAAGGAGCAAAGCGAAAAGAAAAUCCAUGAGAUCAGUGAUGACGACAUGGUCAUCAAUGGUUUGGAAAGAGCUUCCACUGCCGUCGAAUCUUUGGACGCUCACCCUCCAAAGGCUUCAUUCAAAGAUUUCUGCAGACAUUUUGGCCAAUGGAAAUAUGGUAAAAUUCUGCUAGGUACUGCUGGUUCAUGGUUUACUCUAGAUGUUGCCUUCUACGGGCUGAGUUUAAACAGUGCCAUUAUCUUGCAAACCAUUGGUUAUGCUGGUUCUAAAAACGUCUACAAGAAACUAUACGAUUCUGCUGUUGGUAAUUUGAUUUUGAUUUGUGCUGGUUCGUUACCUGGUUAUUGGGCCACUGUCGCCACUGUCGAUGUCAUUGGUAGAAAACCAAUCCAAUUGGCCGGGUUCAUCAUUUUGACCAUUCUGUUCUGUGUCAUUGGUUUCGCAUACCAUAAGAUCGGUGACCACGGUCUUUUGGCUCUUUACGUCAUUUGUCAAUUCUUCCAAAACUUCGGUCCAAACACUACCACUUUUAUUGUUCCUGGUGAAUGUUUCCCAACUCGUUACAGAUCUACUGCUCAUGGUAUUUCUGCUGCAUCCGGUAAGAUUGGUGCCAUUAUUGCACAAACCGCUUUGGGUACUCUUAUCAACCAUAACUGUGCCAGAGACGGUAAAGCCGAAAACUGUUGGUUACCUCACGUCAUGGAAAUCUUUGCCUUGUUCAUGCUGUUGGGUAUCUUCACCACUUUGUUGAUCCCAGAAACUAAGAGAAAGACUCUAGAAGAAAUUAACGAGCAAUACCACGAUGAAGUCGAUCCUGGUACCCUCAACUUCAGAAACAAGAACAACGACAUCGAAUCUUCUAGCCCAUCUCAGCUUCAACAUGAGGCCUAA